AGGCCUCCAUGGAAGAUCUACAAAUCCAGCCACAUCAACUAAUUGUCCAUUCUUACAGAUCUCCACAUUUCUGUGACUUCUGUGGAGAAAUGCUUUUCGGUUUGGUGAAACAGGGACUCAAGUGUGAUGGUUGUGGCUUGAAUUUCCAUAAACGAUGUGCCUAUAAGAUCCCCAAUAAUUGCAGCCUAGAGAAACAUCGGAGACCUUCUACUGGAAGUGUUAAAUCAGAAGUAGCUUCAGACUCACAAUCUUUAAUUGUCCCAACCGUGGGUCCACCCCUGUCACCGAUCUUCGAUGGCCGCAACAACAGGUCAAAAUCGUGGAGCGGCCGGCCAAUAUGGAUUGACAAGCAGUAUGCAGACAGGAUAAAGGUGCCACAUACGUUCAAUGUGCACAACUACACAAAGCCGACCGUCUGCCAGUACUGCAAGAAACUGCUGAAGGGACUCUUCCGUCAGGGAAUGCAGUGCAAAGAUUGCAAGUUUAAUUGCCACAGGAAAUGUGCCAAUAAUGUUCCAAAUGACUGUUCUGGAGACAUGAUAAGUAUGGACACUGGAAGUUUUUCAGAAUCCAUUGAAAACUCUGAGAAUGAAGGUCCAAGUGAGACUGAAUCUGCAGAGAUGGGUGAUGAUGAUGAUGAAGGAGAAAAGAAACCUCCAUUGAGCCCUACACAGAGUACAAAUAUUCCUCUGAUGCGUGUCAUCCAGUCAGUACGGCAUACCAAAAAGGCUGGCUCACAGAUCCUAAAAGAAGGUUGGAUGGUACAUUUCACAGACAAAGACACAGUGCGAAAGCGCCAUUACUGGAGACUGGAUACGAAGACCAUAACUCUUUACCAGAAUAAAGAAACCACACGAUAUUAUAAGGAAAUGCCACUGGAAAAGAUAUCUUCUGUAGAACAUGCAAAACCAGAAAUCAUAGCUGCGUUUGGAAAAUCUCAGCCACAUGUGUUUGAGUUUGGGUUCUCUUCAGUUAUGUACUACGUUGGAGAAGACUGUGGCUAUGGAAAGGAUAAUGCUGACAGUCUGUUGUCUUCGGCUGAAAGUGGUGUUGGCUUGGAGCAGGCAAAUCACUGGGAAAUUGCUAUUCGCCAAGCAUUAAUGCCUGUCACUUCGUCAAAUGUCCAAGAAGAGAACUAUCUUGAUUCUAUCGAUGAAAAGAAGAAAGAUAUAAGUAAAACUUACUCAAUAUGUGCAGAGUACGUCCUUGGUUCUGGCCAAUUUGGUAUUGUUUAUGGAGGCCACCAUAAGCUGUCACAGCUUCCUGUUGCGGUAAAAGUCAUCGACAAAGUGAAAUUUCCAACCAAGCAGGAAGCUCGUCUGAAAAACGAAGUAUCUAUAUUACAAAGCCUGCAGCAUCCUGGUGUUGUUAACUUGGAAGAGAUGUUUGAAACUUCUGCAAAAAUUUAUGUUGUGAUGGAGAAGUUACAAGGAGAUAUGCUUGAAAUGAUUUUGUCUACGCCUAAGAAGAGGCUAGGAGAAAGAGUCACAAAAUAUGUGAUAUCACAGGUUCUUGUUGCUCUGAGACAUCUUCAUGUGAAGAACAUUGUUCAUUGUGAUCUGAAACCUGAGAAUGUGUUGCUUGCUUCAGAAUCACCAUUUCCACAGGUCAAAUUGUGUGAUUUUGGUUUUGCAAGAAUCAUUGGUGAAAAAUCUUUUCGGCGAUCUGUUGUUGGUACACCUGCAUACCUUGCCCCUGAAGUAUUGAAAAGCAAAGGAUAUAACCGAUCAUUGGACAUGUGGUCUGUUGGUGUCAUAGUAUACGUAAGUCUAAGUGGCACAUUUCCAUUCAAUGAAGAUGAAGAUAUUGGUGACCAAAUUCAAAAUGCCUCUUUCAUGUACCCAUUCAAUCCUUGGAAAGAGAUAUCUCAGGAAGCCAUCGAUCUGAUUAAUAACUUGCUCCAAGUAAACAUGAGGAAACGUUUUACAGUGGAUAAAUCGUUAGCACACGUGUGGCUUCAGGAUUAUCUGACAUGGUGUGAUCUCCGGAUGCUUGAAUCCUUGGUGGGCAGCCGAUAUCUUACUCACGAAUCCGAUGAUGAAAGGUGGGAGUUGUUCAGGCAAGAACAGAAACUGAACAGCUGGUUAGAUCUUGGUCAUUCAGGGCCUCAUGAAAGUUUCAGCCUCAGUAAAAACCGGGACCAGAAAUCAACUAAUGGGGUUUAAAAACUAUCUGAAAUUUAUGUUUUACACACACACAAACACAUGAAAUUUUAUACAUACAUGUGUAUACAUCCACUCAAGCAUCAACACACACACACACAUAGUUCUUUUACAAGAAUAGUAUUGACAAUGACUUUGAAGUUUUGAUCUGCUAAACUCCAAUGCACUGUCUGCUGAAGGCACUAUCAACAUUAUUCUUGUAAAAGAACAAUAAAUAUGUACUCUAAAAAAGUGAAUUCUUCACAUGAACAUAAAAUUGUUUUCAUUAUAACUCAACAUAAAAACAAACAUUAAUAUAUAUAUAUAUAUACAUAUAUAUAUAUAUAUAUAUAUGUAUAUGUAAUUGUUAAACAGGACAUCACACAUUAAGGCAAAGCAGAUAUCUCAAGUCGUAUACAAUAUUAUUAUAGGAAGAAAUUUUGAAUUUAUUCCUAUAAUAAUAUUGUAUACGACUUAAGAUGUUUGCUUUGCCUUAUUGUUUGAUGUCCUGUUCAACAAUUAUGUAUCUGCUGCAUUGGAAAUCUGCAAUGGCUCCAUAACUACUGUCUUGGCUAAAACCUUGGAGCCCAAGUAAUCUAUUACAGCACUUACCUAGUGUACCUAAUCAUUUAGAUCACCUGUGAACUAAACCCCCACACUUUGUAUAUAUAUAUAUGUAUAUGUGAGUGUGUGGUGUGUGAAAUUUAUUUUACACACACAUACAUACUUACAGAUAUAUGUAUACGUAUAUAUCUAGUGCUCACUCAGUGACAUAUUUCCAGUUCUCACUCAUAUAACGUGCAGCCAUUAUUGCUAAUUAAAAUGGUCCUCAUUUUCUGUCCCCACCUCUAUCUCAAUUUCUCACUCGCUUUCUCUUUCUCUAAUUUACAAAAAAAAAAACAAAACAAAAAAAAACAAACAAAUUAAUGGUCAUUCUUUUUUAAACAUUUAAGAAAAUUUUUAAGCUAAAUUAUAUACUGGAUUCAUUUUUCUUUUUUUUUUUUUUCAAUUUUAAGAAGAAAAAAAACUGAAAAAAAAAAUGGGUGUAUAGGUGAGUUAUUGGUUCUGUACUGGGAUAAAGCUUUGCCAAUGGAUGGUGUUUUCAAAUAACCCUCUCCAUCUCUCUUUUUUUUUUCUUCUUUCUAACCCUGGUUUAUUAGUCUGCUACAUACAUAUACAGUUGCUACCCAUCAAAUCUACAACUGCUGAUUACUUUUAAGUUACAUUGUCAAUACUAACUGUACAUUCAUAUGAGUAAAAUUCAAAACACUUUGGUAAGCUUA